GAGCGGCAGGGAGCGGCAGGGAGCGGCAGGGAGCGGCAGAGCGGCGCGGGGGCGAUGCGCUGACGCCAUGCGCGCGGGAUGCGCCACCGCGCUCCGCCCGCCCCCGCGGCCACCGCGCUGCUGCUGGCGCUGCUGUUCGCUGGUUGCGCCGGUAACCCGGACGCGAAGCGGCUAUACGACGACCUGCUGAGCAACUACAAUAAGCUCGUGCGGCCCGUGCUCAACGUCAGCGACGCACUAACAGUGCGCAUUAAGCUAAAACUCAGCCAGCUCAUAGAUGUCAAUCUGAAGAAUCAGAUUAUGACAACAAAUCUAUGGGUGGAGCAGAGCUGGUACGAUUAUAAGCUGUCUUGGGAGCCUCGAGAGUACGGAGGUGUUGAGAUGCUACACGUGCCGUCCGACCAUAUCUGGAGGCCUGAUAUAGUAUUAUACAACAAUGCUGACGGAAACUUCGAGGUGACGCUGGCUACAAAGGCGACGCUGAACUACACAGGCCGCGUGGAGUGGCGUCCGCCCGCCAUUUACAAAUCCUCUUGUGAAAUCGACGUGGAAUAUUUUCCAUUUGAUCAGCAGACAUGUGUCAUGAAAUUUGGUUCAUGGACAUAUGACGGAUUUCAGGUAGAUCUCCGGCACAUUGACGAAGUCCGUGGGACUAAUGUUGUGGAGCUCGGUGUUGACCUCUCUGAGUUCUACACUUCUGUAGAGUGGGACAUCCUCGAAGUGCCUGCCGUCAGGAACGAAAAAUUCUAUACGUGCUGCGAUGAGCCGUACCUGGACAUUACAUUUAAUAUCACUAUGCGGCGCAAGACGUUGUUUUAUACAGUAAACCUCAUCAUUCCUUGUAUGGGAAUCUCAUUUCUCACAGUACUUGUUUUUUAUCUUCCAUCGGAUAGCGGCGAAAAGGUGUCGCUCUCCAUCUCCAUUCUCCUCUCACUUACUGUAUUUUUCCUUCUACUCGCCGAAAUAAUCCCACCGACGUCCCUCGUCGUUCCGUUGCUGGGCAAAUUCGUGCUCUUCACUAUGAUUUUAGAUACUUUUAGCAUCUGCGUGACGGUGGUGGUGCUGAAUGUACACUUUCGGUCGCCGCAGACGCACACGAUGGCGCCGUGGGUGCGGCGUGUGUUUAUCCACGUGCUGCCGCGGUUGCUGGUCAUGCGACGACCGCACUGUCGGCUCGACCCUCACAGAAGUCGCUUCGCGGGCAUCGUGGCGCGUGAAGCGAUGGAGCUGACGUGCGUGGAGGCGUCGUCGGGCGCAUGUCGGCUGCACUGCACGCCGCACGCCACGCCACACGCCACACCACACGCCACGCCACACGCCACGCCGCACGCCACGCCACACGCUGCACACGCAGCGCCAGUACAAGACGCGUCCGCACUCUGCGACACGCUGCGCCGUUGGCACCGCUGUCCCGAACUUCACAAGGCCAUCGAUGGCAUCAACUAUAUCGCUGACCAAACGCGGAAGGAGGAGGAGUCUACUAGGGUGAAAGAAGAUUGGAAGUACGUGGCGAUGGUGUUAGACCGGCUCUUCCUGUGGAUCUUCACGCUGGCAGUUGUGGUGGGGUCUGCAGGCAUCAUCCUGCAGGCGCCGACGCUGUACGACGAGCGCGCGCCCAUCGACGUGCGCCUCUCGGAGAUCGCGUACGCGACCGCCAAGCCGCGCCCGCCGCCCCCCCGCUGAGACACCCCCCUCGCGCCCUCCACGUCUCAACGGACUGCCAGAUUUCAGAUUCCUCGCACCGCGUAUAUUAUUAUGAUUACUGUAAAUAAAAUAUAUUAUUAUUAUUAUAGUUUAUACGACGAAUUGACGAAUGAUCGAAAAUCAGUCGAAUUUCUUUUGAUAGACACGAAAUUAAAACGAUUGUUUAC